AUGGUGGUCGCUGAGAAGCAAACUGCCGAGAUCGGCGAGUCUAGGCCGAGGAACAGCACGGAGAUAGACACGGUGCGCCAGGAGGCUGCUCUGGGUCACAAACAGGAACUGGUGCGGAAUUUUGGGCUCUGGAGUGUGACAAGCUUGGGGAUUGUGAUCGCCAACUCCUGGGCCGCAACUGGUGGCACAAUUGUGACUGCACUCAUGAAUGGAGGUCCGAUGGCUCUUCUCUAUGGCUUGAUUCUCGUGAGCAUCUUCUAUACCGCAAUUUCGGCCUCAUUGGCCGAAUUGGCGUCUUCCAUGCCCUCCGCGGGCGGAGUAUAUUACUGGUCCACGGUGCUAAGCGGCAAGCAUGGCCGCGCCGCCGGCUUCUUCACAGGCUAUCUCAAUGCCUGUGCCUGGCUCCUAUCGGCCUCGUCGAUGAGUUCCAUGUUAGGCAAUGAAGCGGUGGCCAUGUAUUUGCUUCGGCAUUCUGACGUCACCUGGCAGUCCUGGCAGGUGUUUAUUGUGUUCCAACUUGUCAAUUGGACCUGCUGUGCAAUUGUAUGUCUAGGGAACCGGUUUAUCCCUAUGAUUAAUCGAGUCGCACUGAUCCUAUCAAUGACCGGACUAUUUGCAACCGUGGUGGUCCUUGCGGCGAUGCCAAAGACACACGCGAGCACUUCGCAAGUCUGGACACAAUACUAUAACAUGACUGGCGGCUGGUCCGAUGGAGUGUGUUUUAUUAUGGGGCUGCUUAAUGCUGCCUUCGCCGUGGGAGUUCCUGAUUGUAUCAGUCAUCUGUCUGAAGAGGUUCCCAGGCCACAGGUCAAGGUCCCCCAGGGCAUCAUGAUACAGAUGUUGACGGCCUUCACUACCUCCUUCAUUUAUCUGAUCGCUCUUUUCUAUUCGAUCCAGGACAUCGAUGCAGUUUUCAACACCGACGUGGGCUACUUUCCUACUGCUGAAAUCUACCGGCAAGCUACGGGAUCCACCACCAGUGCUAUCGGACUCAUUGCGGUGCUAUUUCUAGCUACCUUCCCAACCCUGAUCGGCACUUUUGUGACAGGUGGACGGAUGUGGUGGAGCUUGGCUCGGGACAACGCAACGCCUUUCUCGAGCUAUUUUGCCCAGGUCCAUCCUACAUUGAACGCCCCCGUCCGUGCCACCGUCGCUAUGAGUGCAUUGGUUACCUGUAUCGGCUGUAUUUACGUCGGCAGCACAACGGCAUUCCAGGCCCUCAUCUCAUCCUUCAUCGUGCUAAGCACUCUAUCUUACUUCGGAGCUAUCCUCCCCCAUGUGUUGACCGGACGUCGUAACAUAGUCCCUGGGCCCUUCUACAUGGGCAAGAACCUAGGAAUGGUGGUGAACAUCAUCUCGUUGGUCUAUAUCAUAGUCACCGUGAUCUUUUUCUGCUUCCCAUUCGUCAUGCCUGCCACUGUCGAAAGCAUGAAUUAUACGAGCGUCAUCACCGUCGGUUUGAUGACCUUGACCGCCUUGUGGUGGUUCGUUCGCGGGAGGACCGAGUACCGAGGCCCACACUACAGCUUCGAGGUUGCCAAGCAAUUGGAGUCUGUUCAAGCAGGUAAGGAGGGCGACAGUCCUGUGAUUGUUCCCAUGGAGAAGUCUAGGGCAACUGCCAUUGAUGAGCGUGGGCGGGUGGAAUGA